GAGAGGGUAGGGGACAUAGGCGAUCCGUGUUGGUCGCACCUAGACCCUGACCAGAGCCGUCAAUAUGUCGUGCAGCUCUCUCUUGUUCGCUUUUCAGGGAUCACACCAUUCAUCAUGUACUGCUGGCAGUCAGUCAAUCAUAUCGUCAUCGUAAUUGGAAUUGGAAUUCAUUGUUGUGUUCGCAAAAGCAUCAUCCCUCGCCAGCUGAGAGUCGGCAAGAUGGGAAUGAGUGAGCCCAAUCCCUGUUUUUGUACCACAUCGAAUGCUCCACCGGAAGUCGAUCCCGGGAACGGCUUUCAAUACUGUUAUCGACCUGUCAUCUUAUUCUGGAUCAAUCACAAGUCCGGAAAGUAUCUGUGGAAGAAAAGUCUGCACUUGCAGUUCGACAGUCGUCAACGAAAAUUUCACAGACCGCGGAAAAGGCUUGAAAAUUUACUCGGCCUCCGCCGAUCGGCCCUUGCAAAACCUUAUGGCUUCAGCGCCUCCCGCAAAUGCUCCUUGCUGGUUACAUAUACCUAGAUACGCUUCUUCGUUCGGUUGUCUUUGUUCGGUGGAUGAGCCUGGCGUCAUGGUGACUUGGCGGUUGUCGUCUUCCAAAUUCUUCCAUUCGCAUUCUCGGUCAGUCAUUCGUCCCUUGCAAGUAUUAUAAUUUCUUUCCCUCCUCGGCAUGAUGAAGAUCACACAAGUCGCCGAUCUGUAAUAGGUCAGGCGGCCAUUAUGCUCAUCUUGAAUUCCUAUUCUCCUGCUCUGAGUUUCUUUUGCACCAAGUUCCC